CUUCAACCGCUCUCCAUGUUGCAAAGUUCACCCUUUCUAAACUAAUAUUCCACCAACCGUCUCAUACUUUACAUGAUCAAGUUUACAAAUAAAAACACACUUAGUUACACAACACUCUUUCAACUGCAUUAGGCAGAGUCUCAUUUUGCUAAAAAAAAGCUUUAACACAAAGGGUCCCUUUUAAACUAAAAAAACAAACCCAUUUUCAUUCCUUGCAUAUAUUAUGAAAGUUUCCUCUUUAUGAUUCAUAAUAGCAUCAUGCAAUGCAAGCCUUACCAUUAGAAUUUGAAAGAAUCAUCAUAACGCUUGCUUAUUUAUUGCAACCAGCUAUUUCAUGAACAACUCACCCUUUGUUUCUCAUUGGAGUUUCAAAUCAUGGGGUUGUCUUUGAGAGUUGUAGUCUUGUUUGUAUUGGCUUUUAUGAUGUUUUCUCAAGUAGAUUUAGCAGAAGGUGGACAUGACAACAGAGUUAGGAGCUACAUUAGUUGGGAAGAUUUGAAGGUGGAUGAGCAAAGCUUAGCCUUGAAGUCCAACAAUGAUGUUAGAGUUAUCAUGGUUGAUCAGCAUGGAAGGGGACAUUCAAAAACUGUUCAAGGUGCAGUGGAUAUGGUUCCAGAUCACAACACACAAAGGGUUAAAAUCUAUAUUUUCCCAGGAGUUUACAGAGAAAAAGUGCUUGUGACAAAAACCAAGCCUUAUGUGUCAUUUAUAGGUAAAAGAAAUCAAACAGCAAGUGUUGUGAUUACUUGGAAUAGCAAGUCAUCAGAUAAAGGUCCAAAUGGCAUAGCAUUAGGCACUUAUGGCUCAGCAACUGUAGCAGUAGAAUCAGAUUAUUUUUGUGCAACUGAGAUCACUUUUGAGAACACAGUAGUUACAGCACCUGGUACAAAAGGAAUGCAAGCAGUGGCACUAAGAGUAGACAGUGAUAGAGCCAUGUUCUAUGGAGUUAAGAUUAAGGGAACACAGGACACUCUUUUAGACAGCACAGGAACCCAUUACUUCUACAAGUGUCUCAUCCAAGGCAAAGUUGAUUUCAUCUUUGGUAGUGCAAAAUCACUAUAUGAGAACUGUCGUAUUGAGUCAAUAGCUGAGAACUACGGAGCCAUUGCAGCGCAUCACAGGGAUUCGCCACAUGAGGAUACAGGCUUUUCUUUUUUAGGGUGUAGCAUUGGAGGAAGUGGUGGCAAUGUGUACCUUGGGAGAGCAUGGGGGGAAUACUCAAGAAUAAUAUACUCAAAUUGCAACAUGGAUAAUAUAAUUAAUCCUCAAGGAUGGUCUGAAUGGAAUCAUCCAGAAAGAAAGAAGACUGCAGUUUUUGGUGAGUAUCAGUGUCAUGGAAGAGGAGCAGAUAGAAGACACAGGGUACCUUGGUCAAAAUCAUUCAAUUAUGAAGAAGCUAGGCCCUUUUUGGACAAGAGCUUCAUAAAUGGAGAUCAGUGGCUCAGAUUGUAACAUUUCCUUUUAUUGUAUUACAUACAUUAUUUCAUUAUUUAUCUCCUUGUUCAUUAUCUUAUACAUAUCACCAAUGAAAAAAAAUUGAAGCUAUGAUUAGUACUUUAGUAGGGAGUCCCAAAUGCUCAAUCUGUAUUAUAAAUUCAUAAUCAUAAAUCAUAAUGAAUUGCAACAUGUUUUUACCCUUGAA